AUGGCUAAUGGAGUGAUGGGAACGACCACGGGAAAGACUAGCGGUUUAAUAACCGCGUUAACGGAGCUGGAUCGUGAGAAUAUUGACCCCUACCAUGACCCUUUUGGCGGCAGACGUCAUGGGAGCUAUAGACAUCCCAACAGUUGCGACCCUCUCGGACUCAAGAAGGUCGCCAGGGGAGGGCUGCUGCGGCAGAGCGAAGGGGCGGGCCCGGUGACGGUUGGCGGCUCGGCAGGACUCAGCUCUUCGAACACUGAAGGUGUUCGGGAUUGUGAAGCUGCGCGGUGGGAGGAAAAAGCUCGAUCGGGGGCGGCGUCAGGGUCAGGCAUGGUGCCAGGGUCAGGCAUGGUGCCAGAGUCAGGCAUGGUGCCAGAGUCAGGCAUGGUGCCAGAGAGUGGAGGUCCUUGCACGUACAUGCCAGUGGACUUUUACGAGAGGGAAGAGGCUGUACGUCCAGUAGACGUUGGAUUGUUGUUAGGUAACGAUGCAAGCAUUUGUUUUGGAGUACGGCAGGCGAAUAUUUCACUGAGUUACAGGCGCAACAUUUUAUUGUGGAUGGGCGGCAUCUGUGGCACGUUAGGUUGGAGUUAUGCCUCCUAUUAUACGAGUAUAUUCGUUUUCGAUCGGUACGUAUUGGACGUGGAUCAUGUGAUUAAUUCGGCGGAUUUCGCGUCGCUAUCCGUGUCUUGUUUAUAUCAUGGCGUGAAGUUGCGUGAAUGUAUGUACGAUAUCGUUAGCUAUUCGGAGUUCCGUAAGUUCUGUCCGGAGAUCGGUUCGAAUUUUAGUAUUAAGUCGAACGAGCUGCGGAUACUGGACCACCUCAAGGGCGCGACAAUAGGUUACAAGACCCCGUAUGAUAUUAUAUCUUUGUGGCUGGCACGUUUGCAGAAGUUCGAAGAAACGCGUUUUCUUUAUUGCGUAUUAAAAGCGACGGGCUUGGCCGAAGAGAUAACGUACUGUAUCCUGCAAAUCUCUAAUGCAUGCAUCCUUAAUGCCGUAAACCUUACCAUGCCGCCGUCUUCAUGGAUUGCAGCUUCCCUCAUGUACAUUAUCCGCCUACUCUACAAACAACUUAUUCCUGAACUGCUCCAGACGACCGAAAUCACCAGUCCCCUACACAGCCGCAGCGGUGCUAUCACCUUUGGCCAUCUCUAUUACUACCUAGUACACGACUUACGACUGGACCCACAGGACCCGUCGCAGGUGGUGGCAGAACGUGUGCUCCGAUACCCCGGCGGCCAAAAGACUCUCUCCAAACUCGUCCAGCUAUACCAACCUCUUGUCGCCGCCACUCUUCGUCUACUGAACCCAACCCACAAACCUCACGUAUUCAAAACCGCCCCUGGCCUCGGCGCCGCAGACGUCAGCUCCUUCAAGUCAGCCCUCGUACGAGACUUCCGACGCAACCUCUUACCCACUCUCAAAACAUGCUCAGACAACCACCGUACCGAACUCCGUGCACCCCUCGCACACGCUCGCAGACACACUAAUAUUUGCGAUUGCGCCCAGUGCCAGUUCUACCUAUCCAACCCACCCGACUGGAAACUUCUCAGACAACUCAGACAUGCUUCUGCACCCAACGGACCCACCCAGCACCCAUAA